AUGGGGGGCCAACAAGGGAAAGAAUCUUCAAAAAAUUCGUUAGGCAGAACAAAAUCUGAUAAGAACAAAUUGAAUCACAAUGCUUUGAAAGAAAAUAAGUCCCUGAGUGCUCUAGCAGACCAGUCAUCUUCGGAGGAAGUGCUGGACAACUUGAAUCAUUCUUGGUCAUCGAGGGAGAGCCUUCUGAAGCCCGUGGAGUCUGACAGUCAGAACCUGUUCAUAGCCCUGUACGACUUCACGUCAGGCAGUGGUCAGUAUGGAGAUGUGUAUGAAGGCAUCUGGCUCUCCAGAAAUCUGACUGUUGCUGUCAAAACUUUAAAAGAGGAGACGAUGGUCUUGAAAGAUUUCUUGGAAGAGGCAUCAGUCAUGAAGGAGAUGAAGCAUCCCAAUUUGGUUCAGUUAUUAGGUGUAUGUACUUUGGAGCCACCAUUUUUCAUCAUCACUGAGUUCAUGAGUAAGGGUAACUUGUUGGAAUUUCUUCGAAACAGUAAUGAAGACGAAGUUAGCUCCACAGUUCUUUUUUACAUGGCUACUCAAAUAGCAUCUGCAAUGGCUUAUUUAGAGGCCAAAAAUUUUAUACACAGAGAUUUGGCUGCUCGAAACUGUUUGGUAGGAGAGAACCACCAAGUGAAAGUGGCAGACUUUGGCUUGGCGCGUCUGAUGAAGGAUGAUACCUACACUGCACAUGCAGGAGCCAAGUUUCCGAUUAAGUGGACUGCCCCUGAGGGACUUGCAUACAAUCGCUUCUCAACCAAGUCGGAUGUCUGGGCUUUCGGAGUUUUAUUAUGGGAGCUAGCUACCCGCGGCCAAUCACCUUACCCUGGAGUUGAUCUGACGGAUGUCUACCACCUACUCGAGAAUGGAUAUCGAAUGGAGAAACCUGAUGAGUGUCCCUCCGCUGUUUACAGAUUAAUGAACAAAUGUUGGAAGUGGGAACCUCAUGAUCGUCCAUCUUUCAAACAGAUCCACGAUCUGUUGGAUAAUGUCCUCUUCACUGCUAGUCAGACAUCAGCAACUGCAGGCUUACAUGAUCUCGGUAAAGACUUCAAAUUGUUCAUUUUUAUAACAGAUAAAGAAUUUGAAUCAGGUGAUGAAGUUGAAGAUGAAAAAAUAAAAAUUGUUCAUAAUUUUUUAGGAUCAAAUAUUUCUCCAGGCUCAACUCUCAGCUCGUUUGCUAGUAAAUCAAAUUUAAGAAGAGCCCCUGCACCUCCCGCAAGAACCAGUUCCUUCAGGGAUCAAAACCUCAAUUUUAUGGGUCUGGAUUAUGAAAGCAGAUUUAUGUUCGAUAGUAUUAAUUACAACAACAUCAUGGAUGGAAAUAAUAACAUCGGCGUUCAGAACCCAUAUAACAAUAGCCUAAACCAGGACAAUUCAACUGCAUUGGAUACGUCACAUUGCUGGUCUAAUGACCAUCUACUCAGCGAGUCUUUCAGUGAUCAUGUUCAGUCGCAGAGUAGCAGUGAUGAUUUACUUUCAACAUCUGCUAGUCAAUCUCGCAGUGGCAGUUUUGACAGAAUAUUACUAAGUGGUGGCGGGCAUAAUAAAGUUAAUAGACAUAAUCAUCACAGACAAGCUGUUAUGGAGUCCUCGUCUGAAUUGAUGCCAGAUGCAGAAGAUAAAAAAACACCGGACACAGACGGUUCGGAUUCUUUCUUUCCACCACCUCCUGCGUUUUUAUUGUUGGAGGAAGAGAAACAUUCUUCUACCUCGAGGCAAAACACUAACGUGGAAAAAUGCAACAAGUUGAAGAUUUUUGAAAACAAAACAACUCAGAACUCUUCAAAGAGCUUGAGCAGGCGUCAGACUACAUCUGGAAUGGGUCUAGGCAAGGAAAAUUUAGAAGAAGAUAGUUUCUUUGAUUCUGGUCAUUCCUCUCCAGCUCCAGGAGCUUUCUUUUCUGGAAAUGCUAACAGUGAAAUGGCUCCAGUACCUAUGCCGAGAAACUGUGUGACCAUGCCAAGGAAUGCACCUGCAAUGUCCUGCAGAGAUGAACUUAACGAGGUUUUAGGUCGCAGAAGGAGAUCAGAUCUAAAUAAAGAUAAGGAUGUGUUGAAAAGCAAAGAAUUAUCACCAGAGAAAUCAGCCGGUGAAAUUAGCAACAAUAUAUUUUUGAAAAGAAAACUCAAAAACACUAAAAUAAAUGAAAAUAAAACUGGAAAUGUUAAUGAUGUGUCUCAGUUAUCACACACUGUGGGUGUCAUGCCAACACCUGAAGUGCGAAAAAAAGUUGAAGACUGGCAAGCAAGUGUUGAGAAAAGUCUUAUCCAAGAGGAUGAACCUAAAAAUGUGUCAUCCAAUAAAAAAUCAUUUUAUUUUGAGAAAAACAUAUCGCCAAGUAAAGAAAAAAAUUUUUGUUCUGGAAAUGCAGUUGAUGAUCAAACUGUUGCCCCUGUCUGCAUCUUGCCAUCUCAAGCGUUGAAUUCUCUUAAAAAAGUAAGCAAGAAAGUAAACAAUGUUGAUGAACCUCAAGAUAAUAUCAAUUUAUUGAAAGAUAAGAAAAAUGUUGUUAAUUUGAGACCAUUAUCCAACAAUUUAAAUAGAGGAAGUCCCAAACUGGGCAUUGUAGCUUUAAGGGAAAAACGGAUGUCCAGUUGCGAAAUAGGCUCCACAAAAAAUAUGGACGAUGAGGUUGAGCGGAAGUGGACAUUACCAAAGCUAAAGCCAGUUGUCAGGGAUAAUUUGAGUUUGAAAGAUCUCAAAAAUGAAUCAUCUUUAGCAAAUGUAAAAUCAAUAAAAUCUCCUAUUCCUGAAGGAAACCUCGAGGAAAAUAUUGACGAAAAAAUAUCAUCUAGCAAAACAGCUCAAAAAAUUCAUGAAAGUUCAAAAGCAAGUUUGAAUUUUUUGAAAAUGCGCAAGUCACCGUGUAACGACGAUAUUUUAAAUGACCAAAAUGUUUUGACGAGUCAGAACAACUUUUCAGCUGCAAAAAAUACAUCACCACCAUCGAAGCAUUUUGUUGCUAAAACUGAUGUUGAUACUCCUAGCAUUAACUUUCUCAAUGAACUCAAGCAAUCUCAAACAAGAAUUGUAACAUCUAAUAAUGCUAAAGUAACGCAGUUAUCACCAAAAACAUCUCCAGACACACAACAAACUUCCAGUUUGUCAAAUACGAGUUUAGUAGAUGCUAAAGCAUCUUGUGCAACAUCUCCCAAAAAAUUUAUAAACAUCAUAAAUUCAUUCCAAAACCAGCUGAAGUCUGAUUCGGACAGCGCUGUUGACUCUAAAACGAUUUAUGUUCCAAAUAAUAGCGACUCAACCGAUACAGUUGACAAAAAGUUUUCCAAAGAAUCAGUUUUAGAUCUACUGUCUAUAGUGCAGGCAAAAUUAUCACAAGUGGAACACACUAUGAACUCUCAAACAGUGAUCGGCACUACAAAGAGCACAGUGUUAAAUUUAGCUGAUGAUCUUCACCUUUUCACUAAUUCCUGUAGAUCGUAUGUCGAUUCUCUACCUCCGCACAUGAAAUUUCAAUUCAGAGAUCUUCUAAAUUCCGUUGAGCAAGCGGGAAAUAAUUUCUGUGUUAAUUCUUUGAACAUCAGUGGUAAAAAACAUGAAAAUUCUUUAGCAUUAUUACGAGAAUCGUUAAAUAACACAGAAGACGCUUUGAAAAAGUGA